GCGAAGAGCUUACGUAAGCUUGCAACGGAACGCAGCGUUUUCAAAUUUCGAACGCUUUUUAAAUUCGAACGCGACGCUCUAAUCGGUUUUGAAUUCGGAAGUUUCACGCUCAUUCACGGUUUUUAUUUUAAAAAUAAUUUUCUCAACUACCAGUUAUCUGUUGUUGAACUUUUUUCUUUUUUUACCACUGAAUGCAAAAGGAACAUUUUUGCUAAUAGCCUAGUUUGCUUUUUUGGGAUUGUAGUGAUUUAUUUUCAGUUUAGUUAUACGAUGAAGAUAUUUUUGACGUUCAACUAAAUCGUCAGAGAUUCAAACAUCGCUAGUGAAGAUUAACAUCCACACCAAGAUGCCUCAUACAGGUCAAGCUGGGGUCAACCAAUUAGGUGGAGUGUUCGUAAACGGACGUCCACUCCCCGACGUGGUACGGAAAAGGAUCGUGGAAUUGGCCAUCAUGGGAGUCAGACCCUGCGACAUCAGCCGGCAGCUUCUCGUCUCCCAUGGCUGUGUCUCUAAGAUCCUCACCAGGUUCUACGAGACUGGGUCCAUUCGGCCUGGUUCUAUUGGCGGGAGUAAGACUAAGCAAGUGGCAACCCCAACGGUGGUGAAGAAGAUUCUUCGUCUGAAACAGGAGAACCCUGGUAUGUUCGCGUGGGAAAUCAGGGAGAGACUGCUCAGCGCGAGAGUGUGCGAGCCACAUUCUAUACCUUCGGUGUCUUCUGUGAAUAGGAUCCUGAGGAACAGUGGACUAGCGUGGAGCGAUGACGAACCUAGGAGUGGGCAUGAUACUUAUUCUCAAGCCGAGUUACCUCCAAACGUAAUGGACUAUAUGUCCUUGAAGAAUUCGCUGCCUCACGCUCCAGUGCCAUCUCAGAAUCCUUCGUACUUCGCUCACUCGGCAAUCAGAGUGCCACCACCUCAAACGGACUCUACCCUUUACGACCGACGCCUUACUACAUCCUGGCUUCUAGCCAAUCAAGUGCAAGCACAAGGACUUCUAAAACCAUACCCGAUUUCUCCUUGGCAAAGAAUCAUGAUGCCCUACCAUGAUUCGAAGAAUUUCUCCCCGUACGCUGUAAAUCUUCACAAUGAUUUACUAAACAGAAUAAACUCAGAUGAAGUAAAAUCAGAGAAUUCUGAGCACAUCUCCGUAGAAGCAAGUGACGAUAGCACGGAUAGACCAGACACAGACGAACGUAAAACCCCACAUGAAAAGGAAAAGAAGAAAAAUCCUUAUUCAAUAGAGGAAUUGCUAAAAAAACCGGAAAAAAUUCGCGCUAGUCCAGUUGGCUUUCAAAAUUUCCUACGACAGCCCAGUGGAAGUAUGAUUGAAUAUCAAAGCCCAGAAAAAGAUUUGAGCAACAGAAGUUCACCUGCUAGUUUUUGUUCAGUACAGAGUAGUGUGUCUAAUGACUGUUUUACAGAAUCUAUUGCGUCAGAAAUAAAGGCGGGUAAUUAAAGUCAUCACAUUAAAAAUUUUAAACCAAUCCCGUGCAAUAAAAUUAUUAAUUGGUUAAUUAAUGAUAAACAAAAAUAUUUCCUUUUGAAGAAACUAUACGUUUUAUAAUUAAGCUUCAGUUAUUGAAUUCAUGAGAGAUAAUCUGAGCAGUUUUAAUGUGGUUGUUGGAUUAAAUAAUCAUAACAAUUAAUAAUUGUCAAUUUAAUAUACGUUUCAUUAGAAGGCGCCAUAAAAUGAGAUUUCUGUGUCCAUACUAAUCAUAAUUUAUAAAUGUAGGUUUACAAAGUUACAUUCCACUUAAUAUCUAGUGACGUAGUAUUUUUAAUAAAUUAUUGAUCUAGUUAUGCUUAUUUACUUUUAUUUUUAAUUAUAAAUAUAAAAAUUGUAAAUAUAUUAUCUACUUAAUACUCUCAUAGAUAAAUAAAUAUGUAUUUCUGUUAGCUGAAACUUAAAGAUUCUGUGAUAUUUUAGUAAGUACUUACCAACUUAACCUUAAUUGUAACUGUAAAUUAAAAAGGAACUAGAUAAUAAAUGUUACUUAUUACCUAAACAUUCCCUAAUCAAUUAUUUAAAAUAGCACAACUGUUUUGUAAAGAAUCAUUGUUUGUACACGCGUGAUUUCGGCUCUACAAGAACAUUGUUUAGAAUACAAGAAUAUUCUUUCUUCUAUAAAGAAAUAUGUUCAAAUCAAAAUGGAACUGGGACAUUAGUACUUGUAUAAUUUACCUACUUACAUAAAAUGUAGUAGUAACACGUUUAGAUGUUUAUUUAAACAUUCACGUAAAUAAAUAAA